AUCCGUGGAUACAAGAAAUAAGGAGCACUUCUCAGUGCCAUUUGAACCAGAGAAGAUGGCCUCUUCAAGUUUCAAUACGCAUGUAAAGCAGGUUGCUCAUGCUAUGGGCACCACUCUCACAGACCACGAUAUAUCCCUCAUGCCCAGCGAACUGAGGGUCAGAGGUCCCUUUAAUUACCACAAAUUCUUCGAGUAUAUGUCCUCCUUCAAGUCAACAGCGCAGUUUGAUGAAACAAUUCGGAAAGCGUUUGAAACACUUGAUAAGGACAAAAGCGGCUACAUUGAAUGGAAUGAAAUAAGAUACAUCCUCUCAACAAUUCCGACCAAUGUUCCUCUUGCCCCACUGUCAGAUGAAGAGGCUGAUGCCAUGAUCCAGGCAGCAGACAUAGAUGGAGAUGGAAGAAUUAACUACAAAGAAUUUGAAGCUAUGGUUAAAGAAGAAAAGAUGCCCAGAAAAAAGUAGAAGAGAAGAAAUGAAAUAUUGCCACUUUUAAACAGUGAAGUUGCACAUCGCACAGAGCUCUGCAUUGACUGGGGUGUUAUUAAAGCUUCUGCAAGCUCUUCGAAACCCUAAUCUCCCAGACUUAUCUUACAGGAAAUACCAAUGUACACAUUGUAAAGGAAAUUCUUUAAUUUAAAUAUAAUACAACCAAGGGCAGAAGGGACAAAACCUGUCUGGCAUAACAGAUUAAAACCAGAUGGGGAGUUUGGAACUUUUUGGUGGGGGUGGGAUACAGGGCAUUGGGAUGCAGGGUUGACGUUACUUACCCAAAUCGUCUGAGAGCUGGGUCAUUACUGCUGCUUUUUGCUUUGCGGUUUUCAUCCAUGGCAUACCUAUGUAUUCCUAAAUGUACCUGCAUGGGAGCUGGUAGGGGAUAAAACCUCAAUUCUCCUCCGCUCUGUUUCCUGUCACUGAAAUCACUGAGCUUUGCCUUUCAGCAACCUCUAAAACUUGUAUGAUGAUUUAUUUUUGAGAAUGUCUCCA